CCUCUUUCUCCCCUCUCGUUUUGUCUUCCUGUUCUCUCUUUCGCUCUCCCUCCGUCUCUCUACUUCCCCUUCACUCACAUUUGUUUGUCUGCCGUUUGCUUAAUAACCGACAACAGUCAGUCAAAAAGGGUGUGAGCGUGAAGGUUGGCUAUGUCUGGCCCACAUGAUAAUCGGAUUCUUACCUAUAUAUUUUACUUGUAGUCGAAGGCAACAUCAAUUCGCGCUGACACGCUAAUAAGACAAAAUCAUACACAUACAUACACACACACACACGCACAUACACAUAUACAUGUGUGUAUGUACACAGUAAUCACACAAAACACUUAAGUACGCGCAUACGCACGUACUUUUAUCUUUCUUGAGAUUUACGAGCAGGCACAUAGAAGGGUCUUCCUGCUCAAAGUACUUCCGUGUGUGCGUGGUGAAUCGAGCCAGUACUGUGAAACAAGCAUCAACGGCAGUUGACAUCCAGUAUAUUAGAUGUAUUUACCCCGUUGACAGUGACAAGAUCUUAAUACAACAGAAUAAAGGCGACGACUACGAACAAAAGACAAGCUGUACCGUGUUAUCGCUAUUCACUCAUUGUCUGUGUAUACUACUGCCAGUUUAAUAGAAGGAUAAAUUACUAUAACGGAAUAUAAAUGUAUAUCUAGAUAUACGUACACAAAUAUCUAUCUAUCUAUGUACGAAUUUGUCUUACCUGGAGAUUUGGAUUCAAAUGUACAGAUGACCUACUGAAGACUGCAGGUUAUCCAUGAGUGAAUAGAAUAAAAUGACAUCAAAUAUUCAGAAACCAAAUUAACAGACAACUUGUAUAUAUAAUGUUCCAGAAAUUCACUCGGAAGUCUACGACUUUGAUUUAUUUAAAUAUUAAUCCAAAUAUACAUAUAUAACACACGUGCUUACACAUCCACUCAUACACACAGUCCCACAUACAUAUCCAUUUAAUCAUCGUUCAUAUACGCAAAUCAUUACACCAACCCUCCCCCACUUUACAUAAUUCCUACACAAUCCAUGAUGCUGUAUCACCAUAUUUACGUGGUCAGUUUAUCAUAGAAUUAAAGUAAGUUUAAACAUGGAUGCUGGUCAUUUGUACAUGAUUAAAGAAGAAGCUACAGAUCGUAACACUGAGAGUAGUCUUUUGGCCGCUGCUGCUGCCGUUAAGCAGCAGCAGAAAUUGAAUAGAAGUGGUGAAACACCACUCUAUUGCUCAACAGAAAGGAUUCUAAAAAACAACCCACACCAGAAAGUUGCACCCGACCAAAUUAGAGACGGCAUUCGACGCAUUACAGAAAAGUAUGAUUCAUUAGGUAAAAUGUUGUCGCAGUGUGAUAAUACGAGAAAUAAUUUGAAAAAAACACCCAUGUCCGACGCAUCUUCCGAUAUUUCUGAUGUGCCGCCCUCGACAGCAAGCACGUCAAGCACAGGUGUUUCAGAAACUCUUUCAGAGCACGAUCUCCUUCAGGUUGAAAUGUUUUAUAAAAGUCACAAGACUGAAGUAUUUGUUUGCCACUGUCAAGCAAAUUUAUACUUCGGCUCUGUGCGCCAGUCAUCCGAAUGUGAUCAAUGGGAAUAUGCCAUGACAGGUAUACCGUUGUUAGUGCUAGACACUGGCGAACAUCACCGGAAAAGAAGACUACAUUUCAUUCUUGCUGAAAAAGGAACGGGUUUUGUGAUGUGGAAAGAUGUAAUAGAUCAUUUGACAAAAUAUAGCGCUCCAAGUUCGAGUUUCCACACCUUGCACAUCUCUAUCGACCAUACGAAAUUAGCUGGCCUCAGCUUUGAUGACACUGAGGCAGCGGCUCAGUUCUACGAAGUUUUACGACAGUUAACCUCUGACCCAAAUGACGACAUCCUUAACUUAAGCCGGUCGAAGAAAAACAAAAAGAAAGAACAGAAACCGAAAAAUAAGAAAUUCAAAGCUCCCAGAAAAACAGACAUAUCGCAGCCUUGUUGUUUCGUUCAUGUUACUAAACUGGAACGCACAGACAAUAGCGGCAAUGCCGCUUGUGCGUUCAAAAGUACGCUCCCAAGUGAAAUGAAACAUUCAAGUAGUUCUGAGCUGUCAGAAGACUCCGCUACUGAGCAGUAUAAGUAACUGUGUAAACUAGUCCGAUUAAACAGUAAAAAUACAUAUUUUCAAGAAACAUAUUUUGAACAAACCAUAGCAGUUGGCAUAUAAAAACAAAUGGACGUUAAAAAAAAUGUAAGAAUAAAAAACUAACAUAUAGCUUGGAGUGAUAUAUAUAUAUAUAGGUAUGUAUGUAUGUAUAAACAAGAAUGAUAUAUCGUGGUAACAAUCUUCUAAGCAAUAGAAAAGUGAUUACCGAACAAAAAAAUGACGAAAAGAAAUAAGUAUUAACAGAUAAAAAGAAACUGAAAACAGAAUGGGAGAAAAAAAUGUUGAAACAUUGGGAGUUAUUAGGUUUUUGUUGAUUUUUUUUUCCCAUUAAUUUUUCUCUUUUAUUAUUAUUUUUUUUUUUUUCUUUGUCUCCGAACUGAAAGGGACAGUAAAUCGCCUUAAGAAAUACUGAAUGGAAAGAAAAGAAAAGUACAGCAAUAUUUUUCAGAAUUGUGUUGCUUUUAUAUAUUUUCGUAUGAAGAUGAAAGGAUAAAGUUUAGUUAACAAAUCUUUAAAAAAAAAUGACAAAAAAGAAAGAAAUAAACAUCUUUAAAAACACAUCAAA